AUGUCCACAGAAGUGAGAACCACUGCCUCCCCCGACCAGAAAUGGCUCGACAGCUUCAUCUCUCUGCUCUCUCGCUCCUACCUGACCACCCCUCUCACGACAGCCUUCAUCACAGAGAUCGACAACACCAGUCCAACCGCAGACGUCUCUCAGGUGAUGACCCCCGAGCGUCUCACCAAGCACUUCACGUUGGGCAUCACGGCGGCCGCAAAGUCCAACAUUGUCCUCAUUGAAUCAGGCGACUUCACCGCCGCAGCGCUCUUUGAACCCCCCGAUUUCUGCGGCAUUCCCCCCUCGCAGGCCCGCCGUAAUCCCGGGCCUAUACUGCAAGAAUGGCGGAGCACCGCGCGCAAGUUGAAGGCGAAAUACCUCUCCAUCCCCGACCAAGGGGAACACAGUUACGACCAGCCUGCUGCGCCCUCCCAGUCCUCGGGGGCGCCCUCCGAGGACCCUUACCCGGCGGACUUCAACAAGGACAUUGAUUUCGAAACUCGCCCCUUCUACCACCUGGCCAUGAUUGCGAGAGACCCCGACGCUCCACCCGACAAGAGCAGGAAGGCAUUCAAGGCCUGUAUGGACUACUUUUUGAACAAGGCGAGGGACGAAGAUGUGCCGGUCUGGUUGGAGACGGCCAGCGAAGGCGCCAUGAAAGAGUACGAGGGCAUGGGGUUCAGGGUGUGUGAGCAGGUGGUCAUUGGGAAGGGGAGAGUUAAUGAGAAAGGUUGGCCGACGGAAGGCGGCAAGGGGGUAGUGACCUGGGCGAUGAUUUGGGAUGAGCACUUGAAUUGA